AUGUUAUUACGAAACUUUUCAGAUUCAAGCAAGGAACACUACCAAUCAAACAUAUUACCAAGAUACAGCAAAUCAACACCAUACCUUUAUGAGGAGCAGCUUCCUUUACCGGUAUAUGGAAUAGCUCAUGGUUACCCCUACCGUAAAAAAGAGAAGGAUAAUACGGAUGACUAUCCAAUAGAAAGUACCCAGAGUUCACGGCAGGAUGACGGUGAACAUACGUUCCAUGAAGAGCUCCAAAAGGAUACGCCGGAGUACUCAGAUAAUGACAAACAGUACGACGAGGAGUAUGAGGCAGACAAGGGAAAAUCAGCGAGCAAGGAACCCGAAGAGGAGGAACAAGAGGAUGGUGAAGAUGAUAACGCGCAAGAACAGGGACAAGAUGAGUCGCAGGAGGAGGAACCUGAUGAAGAGGAUGCAGAAGAAGAACCGCAGGAGCCUGAACCAGAGCAUAACGAACAGGAGUCUGAAGAGGAAGAUUCACAGGCAAAUGCUGGACCUGGACAAGCGAACUCGCGAGAGGAGUACGAAGAUGAACAAGAACAACCUGAGCGACAUCAUCGAUAUCGACACCCAAACGGGAACGAAUCGAAAGAGAAUGGGAAUGGCUCCGACUCCGAACGUUCGGAUUCAGCACAUUACGAGGAUUCUGGACGAGGGAAGAAGGGAAGAAGGCACAGCGGUGAGCAAUACUCCGCUGAAAAAAAGCGAAUACGACCUCGCGGGCCAGCUGGUAAAGUAGUCGGAGUGAAUAUGGACAUAGUAGCGGGAGUAUAUCCGCACUCGAAAAAACACAAAAGCGAUAUUCCCGGAAGGUAUUCGCCUUUGAGCGGUCCCUUUCCAUCAUACGAGCAUGAAGAGACUACAACGCGACCUACUCGAAAGCCCGAAAGAAGAACGAAAAAAUAUCGCAAAAAGCAUGAACAAAGAGAACAUGCGCGCUUACCCGAUUACUCCACAAACAAACACAAAAGUCAAAAAUUGAGAGAGCGGGCGAAGUGGCUGAAUGUACAAGAACAAGAUGACGCA